UGGUUCCUCUCGGGUCCUUCCGGCGUCGCCGGAGUGAAUUGAUCCGGGAGUUGAAGAGGGCUCCAAAGGUGGGAAGUGAAGUCAGGGUCUCAGUUGCCGAAGGGAGAACUGUAAAGGAAGAGUCAAUGUUGACAGAGAUCUGCGGAUUCAGUUCCAGUUUCAUGAUGUGGCCCUUCUGAGGAGGUCAGUAUAUAUUUUGUGCCCUGUUCUUUUAUCACAAAAGAGAAAAGAAAUACUGCAGUGAAUGAAGAUUCCUCUGCAUUUUAGCACUGCUUUUUCUACUGUAGUUGGCUUUUGAAUGAGGAUGACAAUGGAAGAGAUGAAGAAUGAAGCUGAGACCACUUCCAUGGUUUCUAUGCCCCUCUAUGCAGUCAUGUAUCCUGUGUUUAAUGAGCUAGAACGAGUAAACCUGUCAGCAGCUCAGACACUGAGAGCAGCUUUCAUUAAGGCUGAAAAAGAAAAUCCAGGACUUACACAAGACAUCAUUAUGAAAAUUUUAGAGAAAAAAAGUGUAGAAGUUAACUUCACAGAGUCCCUUCUUCGAAUGGCAGCUGAUGAUGUAGAAGAGUAUAUGAUUGAACGACCAGAGCCAGAAUUCCAGGACCUAAAUGAAAAGGCACGAGCACUUAAGCAAAUUCUCAGUAAGAUCCCAGAUGAGAUCAAUGACAGAGUGAGGUUUCUGCAGACAAUCAAGGAUAUAGCUAGUGCAAUAAAAGAACUUCUUGAUACAGUGAAUAAUGUCUUCAAGAAGUAUCAGUACCAGAACCGCAGGGCACUUGAACACCAAAAGAAAGAAUUUGUAAAGUACUCCAAAAGCUUCAGUGAUACUCUGAAAACCUAUUUUAAAGAUGGCAAGGCAAUAAAUGUGUUCAUAAGUGCCAACCGACUAAUUCAUCAAACCAACUUGAUACUUCAGACCUUCAAAACUGUGGCCUGAAAGUUGUAUAUGUUAAGAGAUGUAUUUCUCAGUGGCAGUAUUGGACUGCCUUUAUCUGUAAAUUUUAAAGUUUGACUGUAUAAAUUAUCAGUCCCUCCUGAAGGGAUCUAAUCCAGGAUGUUGAAUGGGAUUAUUGCCAUCUUACACCAUAUUUUUGUAAAAUGUAGCUUAAUCAUAAUCUCACACUGAAGAUUUUGCAUCACUUUUGCUAUUAUCAUUCUUUUAAGAAUUAUAAGCCAAAAGAAUUUACGCCUUAAUGUGUCAUUAUAUAACAUUCCUUAAAAGAAUUGUAAAUAUUGGUGUUUGUUUGACAUUUUAACUUGAAAGCGAUAUGCUGCAAGAUAAUGUAUUUAACAAUAUUUGGUGGCAAAUAUUCAAUAAAUAGUUUACAUCUGUUAAACAUUUCUUUACUUGAAAAAAUACAUAUAUAUAUAUAUAUAUGAAUAUAUAUAUAUGAUCAGAAGACCAAGAUGACUUGGUGUAAUGUCUAAAGAACUAACGGGAGCUUACUAGCAGUUUAUCAGAUAAUAAAGCAACAAGAAUUCUAUUUUUUGGUCCUUAAUCACUCUGGGCAAAAGGUAGUCAAUGGAAAUAUUUUUGUUAGUUAAUAUAUAUGAGGUACUGAAUAUUUUUGCAGCCUGUUUUAAGAGACUUAUGAGAAAGAAAUGGCAAUUUAUAGUGUCUUCACACUCUAAUGUCACUUUUUCAACUCUAUGACAAUGUAAAAUUAAGGUUUUCUGGUAUGCUGGGCCCUAAUAAGCUUUGUACCUUUUUUCCAAAAAUAGCCACAACUAAUAGUAAUUUGAAGCUAUACCAGUGCUAGUUGGUUUGAAAUUGUCAUGAGUGUUAUAACUGUUAUACACACUCUUUAAAUAUAUAGAGCUUUGUUUCACCAUAGAGAAGUUUUAAGGAAAUUAUGUAUCAAGUGAUCAUGUUAAGUGGUUUCAUUUUUCAAUUAUAAAAUAAAGGGAAAAUCAGGAUUUGUUUAUCUUUUAUAAAGAUUUUAAAUGUUAAACUAAAUUUCUGUUUGGCAAUAUACACUUCUUUGCUAUAAUGCAAUUUAGUUAUUUUUAAACUUUUUUCUUUAUUUUUAAAAACAGAUUUUUAAGGAAUUACUGUCAAUGGCAGUAUAAAAGGAAAUUGUCCUAUUAGAUGUGAACAGGAAAUAUAUGGAAAGAAGCAAAAAAAAAAAAAACAAUAGACAAUUGGGUGAAAUCUCAUAAUUUAUGGACAUUUUGCUGAGUUGAUUUUUUUUUUUUUUUCCAAAAUACACAGCUGGUAAAACAAAUGGAAUUGGUGAUUUUAAUACAGUUUAUUUUUUAUAUGAAUUAUUCAUUCUUGGAAAUAGAUGGUUGUUUGCAAAAUAGACUUGUGAAUAUAUGAAGAAAAAAUACACUGUUUUAUCUUUUUCUGAGCAGCAAACUUUUCUAAUACAGACUAAUACUAUCUUCCCUCCAAUUGUCUUGACCUCUUUAACAGAACUCACCAGUUAACCAGCCAUUCCCCAAGUCAUCUGUUUUUAUGAGCCAUCUAUCUUUCUAUUUCACUGUCCAGUAUCUCUGGCUUCUGUUUUCAUGAAGUUUAUCGGAAAGUUUACUCAGAAGGAAGGUUUGUUCUCAGGAUAAUGCUGUUUCUUACAUAAUCCUAAUGGGGGGCAUGUUUUGAUCAAUGAGGAAAAGGCUAAUAUGGCCCCAGUCAGAUUCAUCUCCAGAGAACAGAAAGAAAAAGGAGAGAUUUGUUGAGCACCCUUCUCUGUGUCAAGUGCUAUUUUAGAUACAUUAAUUUAAUUCUCUUAACAGUCCCAUGAUUAAACUAUCUGUCUUGCAAGUGAGGAAACUGGCUACAAAGCUGGUAACUUCUGGCACCAGGAUUUGAAUUCAGUGUUUGCCUCCAUGCUCUUUCCACUGAUCUGUACUUCAUCCAUUGCUGAAAACACACCUUGUUUAGAAUACUAAUUCCCUAAUACCAAACUGACAAAGCUCCCCUUGUCCACAGGGAAAUGAGAAAAAUUAGGAUAAUGUGAUAAGUUUUUUUUCUUAAAUAUGAAUUUAUGCAUUUUAAAGGACCAUUCUUUUUUUGGGUAUGACUACUAUGUUUUGCAUAUUUAAAAUGCCCCUCCUCACACUUUUCUUUUUUUAAACAAAAUGACAUAAUGGUCAGUGGUAGUUUUUUUUUUUUUUAAUGAUUGCAGUUUAAUAGCCUUGUUAGCAAAACAUGAGGUUCACAGCCCAGUAUCAGUUCCUCCUAAUUGUUUUUUUUUAACUUUCUACAUGGAAAUGAUUUAAAAUUUACCAAAAAUUGGCAAAAUUAAGAAUAAUACAAAGAACAUCAGUACAUCUUUUACCCAGAUUCCCCUAUUGUUUAAACCUUACCAUUUUGUUUUUAUCAUUUGGUGGUUCGUUUGCCCUCAAAUCCCCUCUACUCUGGGAUCAUUUCCAUGUCCCCCUUUGUCUUUUAUGGCAUUGAUAUGACAUUUUUGGAGAAUGCAGUCUUUUUGUCCCCCUCCCCCUCCCCAAUAGAAUGUCCCUCAUUUGGGGCUUCUGCAUUAGGUUCAGGUUAUGCAUUCUCAGAAUACUCCAUCGGUGAUACUGUCAUCAAAGCAUCACAGCUGGGGGCACAAGGUGUCCAUCUGCUCCUCAUUGGUGAUGUUAAUUUUGGUCACCUGGGCAAGGUGUUUUUCAGUUUCUCCAAUAUAUAGUUAUUGUUUUUUUACCUUGUGUCUAAUAAUCUGAAGAAGACUCUCUUAAGUCCAUGCUAUAACCAGAAUUUAGUAGCCUUUGGUGAUUUUUGCUUAUCAGUCUUUGCUAGUUUCAAAAUGCUGAUUUUUCUAACUCCAGCGUUCCGUCCUCGUCUACCAUUUGGCACUCAGCAUUCUACUGUUAGCAGGAACCCUUUCUCCCCCAGCCAUCCAUUCGUUCAUCUAUACCUAUGCGUGUAUGGUUUUAUAUUUACUAUUGUUUUGGACUCUUGGUUGUCUGUUUUUUCAGUGGCUUAUAAUUCAUUACUUACUUUGGUGCUUAAAUUGUCUUAAAUUUGCUCAGUAGGAGCUCCUUCAAUCUGGCUCCUAUAUCCCUGUGACAUCGUUUUAGUCUUAUUUAUUUAUUUAUUUAUUUUAGGACAUUCUCUUAAAUAAAAGAUGUUCCAGAAUCUGGAAUCAGCAAUUUCUCCAAGAAACCCUGGGGAAUGACAUUAGACACAUAGCUCUGGUUGCUGGGUGUCAUCUUCUAGGCCUAUUCAGCAGACAGAAUUAGGAAAUGUGCAUGUACAACCGUAAACACAAAUAUGCAUGUGCCAUGUACAUUUUAAUGUGCUUAUAUACACAUUGUGUUUGAUUUCAGAAAUCAUGAGUUCACACUAAUACCUCCAAUUUCUAUCCAUCCUCAGGGGUCUUGUCUUGACUUCCCCAUUCCAUAUUUCUAUGUCUCUGUUUUUUCAGAAUUCUGGCACAAGUCAGUUUAUUCACUUGGUCCAUCCUGUAGUACAUCUGAAAUAGUUCUUAGAAUUGCUUUUGCCCAUGUCACUGUAAAAAAACACUUAAAAGCUUGUUUGCAGUUCUCUCCCUACCUGUACUCUGCCCAAUAAUAAGGAUAUAUAAUUACAUUCUGUGUUCAUAAAUUACUUGGGUUAAUUCUUUUUUCUCUCACUGUGAUUAUGUUAUUUAUUUGAAAUAAAUUGGAUUCAUUUGUUUCAGUUUUUUUCCAAGUUUAAGGUCCCCCCUACACACAUACUUCACAUCCUUGUUGAUUUAAUUUUUAAAAAUACAUGGAAUGCUAACAUGUUUCUAAAAAUCAUAACUAUACCAAAGGUUUACUGAGAAGUGUUACUCUCUCAUAUCCCUUCUGCAUUCCCCAGCCCCUUCUUGGGUAUCCAACUUCACUGUUCCCCGCCCCCCAUGUUUCUUUUCUUUAUGAAGAAACGUAAUGAAGGUGUUUUCUUAUCUCCACCCCCCCCUUUCUUACAGUAAAGGUAGCAUACAUAUAGAGAGAGAACCUUUUUGCCCAGGCCUGUAAGUUUCUCGGGAUGGGACUUUCAGUGCUAAAACUGGGAGAGUCGGGCAAACUGGGAGGGCUGGCCACUCCAUAAACUUGCUUUCUUAAAAAAAAUAAACUCAUUGGUGCAUAUUGUACAUAUUACAAAAUUCACAUAUAUAUCCUUAAAAUAACUUUAUUGAGGUAUAAUUUCACAAAAUUCACUCAUUUUAAAAAGUUGUGCAACCUGACCAAAAUCCAGUUUUAGAACAUGUUCAUCAUUCCAGUAAACUUUCUCAUGCCUGGUUCCCACCACUCCCUGCCCCCUCCCCUGUUCCAGGCAACCACUAGUUACUUUCUGUCUCCAUAGAUUUUCCUUUCCUGGAUAUUUCAUAUAAAUAGAAAUCAUACAAUAUUAUCUCUUGAGUCUGGCUUCUUUUACUUAGUAUGUUUUUAUGUUCAUCCAUGUCAUUGCAUAUGUCAGCAUUUCUGUCAGUAUUCUUAUUGCUAAAUAGUAUUCCAUUAUAUGAAUUCCUGUUUUAUUUAUUCAUUUAAUAGUCAAUGGACAAUUGAGUUGCUUCCUUUUUGGCCCUGAUGCAUAAUGCUGCUAAGAUCAUUCAUGUGCAAGUCUUUCUGUUGCCAUGGGUUUUCAUUUCUUUUGGGUAAAUACCUAAGAGUGGAAUUGUUGGGUUGUGUGAUUAAUUUGUAUUUAACUUUUUAAGAAACUGUCAUACUGUUUUCCAAGUGACUGUACCACUUUACAUUGCCACCAGCAAUAUAUGAGGGUUCCUGUUUCUCCACAUCCUCUCUAACAUUUGUUAAUGACUUUUUAUUAUAGAUGUUCUUAUAGAUACAAAGUGGUAGUUCAUGGUUUAAAUUUGCAUUUCCCUAAUGACAAAGUUGAGCAUCUUUUCAUGUGCUUAUUAGCUAUUUCACAUAAUGCUCUUACGGAUUUUGCUUUUUUCACUUAGCAUCUCCAGAAGUCACUUGUAUUUUUCAUAGAGAUUUCUCUUUCUCUCUCUCCUCUCCUUCCCUCCCUCCCUCCCUCUCUCUCUGUUGUGGCCUAGCAUUCCACUGUGUGGACGUACAUAGUUUAUACAAUCAAUCUGCUAUACUUGGGCAUUCAAGUAGUUCAGUGUUUUGCAAAAUUACAGAUAAUGUUACAACAAAUGAUCUUACAUAUUUAUGUUUGAAGUAUACCUUCAGGGUGGAUUCCCAGAAGUGGGAUUACUAAGUGAAAAGACAUAUGCAUAUGUACUUUUAUUACAUAUUGCCAGUACUUUUCCAUAAAGGUUGUGGUAAUUCACAUUCCACCAGGAAUGUAUGAAACUUUCUGUUUCCCCAAAACUUCAGUAUGUUGUCAAGCUUUUGAAUUUUUGCUAAUCUGAUGGGUGAGAAAUGGUAUCUCAUUAUAGCUUUAAUUUGCAUUCCUCUCACAAUGAGUGAAGUUAAAUAUCUUUCAUGUUUAAGGACCAUUUUUAUAUCUUUUUUCAUGAUUUUGAAUUUGCUCAUGCUUUUUUUUAAUCAUGCAAACUUUUUUUUUUUUUUUUUAAUGUAGACAAAUUUAACAAUUCCUCCAUGAAACCAUCUGGGCUUGGUGCUUUUUUGUGGAGUAAUUCUUUGGUAACUGUAUUUCUCAUAUGCAGAUUGUUUUUGUAAGCUUUCUAUCUUUACAGGAAUCAGUUUAUUAAACCAUAUUUUUCUAAGAAAGUAUUCUGUAGGUUUUCAGAUAUAUUUCAUUUGAAGUGGCAUCCUUCAUGUUUAAAAUUUUUUUCUCUGUAUCAAUAGCUCUUUGUUAUUUCUUGUUCUGUAUAUAUGCACUUUCUCCCCUUUAUUUUCUUUAUUAAACUAGAAAAUAUUUUGUCUA